CACACACCAAACGCGCUUGUACGUUGUACACAGAACCCAAACAGUCUCUGUUUUUCUUUCUUCUAUGCAAAUCUUUUUCUCUGUAUUUGUUUUUCUUAAAACAAAAAAAUAAAGACAAAACCUUGACUCCUUGACAUUGUCACGGCAAAAUGUCGUCGAAUGGGAAGGGUAAGGCCGUCGCCUCCGGCGGAGGAGAACGGAAACGUGGCAGUGGUGGUGAUGACGAUAAGACUGGUGGUGGAAAUAAGAAGAAUCGCGCGGUUCUUCGGUUCUUCGAAGAUGCAGCUGAUUUUAGUGAUCAAGAUAGUGAUCACGACAGCGAUGAUAGUGAUCUUAAUUUCGACAUUGAAGAUUUUAUGGACGAAGAAUAUGAUGUAGAGUUGAAAGUCAAGAAUGAUCCACCAAUAUCCCAAAAUGUUCCAAUUGUUCCCAAAGAGGAGGAUAUGGAUGAGCAAGAAUUUGAUAAGAUGAUGGAAGAGCGUUACAAGAACAAUCCUAGAUUUUGCUAUGCUGAAGAUGCUGAUGAGGCUAAAAGAUCCAUGGAAAGAAAUUUUCUCGAGCCUUCUGCAAAGGACCCAACUGUCUGGAAAGUCAAAUGCAUGGUUGGACACGAGAGGCAUUCAUCUUUUUGCCUCAUGCAGAAGUUUGUUGACUUGAAAUCUCUGGGCACCAAACUUCAGAUAAUAUCUGCAUUUGCCAUUGACCAUGUAAAGGGUUUUCUUUAUAUUGAAGCUGACAAGCAAAUUGAUAUUAUUCAGGCAUGUAAAGGGCUUUGCAGCAUAUAUUCUAGUAGAGUGGCACCAGUUCCUAAAAAUGAAGUGUCUCAUCUGAUCUCCAUCCGGAGAGGUUGUAAUCAAGUUACCGAGGGCACAUGGGCUCGUGUAAAGAAUGGGAACUAUAAGGGUGACCUGGCACAGAUUGUGGCUGUAAAUGAUGUGCGGAAAAAAGCAACAGUGAAGCUGAUUCCAAGAAUUGAUUUUCAAGCGUUGGCACAAAAAUUUGGAGGUGGACUUGCAAAGAAGAAAGCUGCCAUACCAGCUUCAAGAUUGAUCAGCUCAAGUGAACUUGAGGAGUUCCGGCCUCUUAUUCAAUAUAAGCGUGACACUCAAGGAUGUUCAUUUCUAUUUACUGGCAAGAUGUUUGAGGUUCUUGAUGGCUUGAUGCUCAAGGAUGGAUAUUUAUAUAAAAGAGUAUCUAUAGAUUCUUUAAGCUGCUUGGGUUUUAUACCUUCAGAAGAGGAGUUGUUGAAGUUCAAGCCUUCCGAGAAUAAUGAAUCAGAGAAUUUGCAAUGGCUUGCGCAGAUUUAUGUUGGACAGAAGAAAAAACAGGUAAUUGGAAAUGAGAAAGGUGGUGAUAAAGGAGAAAGCUCGUUAUCAUCUGGGCAGAAAUUUGAACUGUACAAUCUUGUGUGUUUUGGCCGCAAAGAUUUUGGUCUUCUUGUUGGUAUGGAGAAAGAUGAUUCUUACAAGAUUCUAAAACAUGGACUGGAAAAACCUGACGUGGUGACUGUUGCAUUCCGUGAUCUAAAGAAUGGGCUCACUGAUAUGAAGUUUACUGCUUUAGAUCAUCACAAGAAAACCAUAUCAGUUAAUGAUACUGUCGAGGUUUUGGAAGGUCCAUUGAAGGAUAGACAAGGAAUUGUUAAGCAAAUCUACCGAGGCAUCAUAUUUGUAUAUGAUCAGAAUGAAACAGAAGACGGUGGUUAUUUCUGUUCAAAAGCUCAAAUGUGUGAGAAAAUCAAGCUUUCUUUUGAUGCAUGCUGUGGAAAGGUUGUACAUUUUGAAAAGAGUAAUCACAUCAUUUUGUCUACGCCAUCCUCUUCCCUUGAAUUGUUUCUGGAUGGAGAAUCAGGCUCUUUAGAUUUUGAAGAUUUCCCAUCUCCCAAAUCCCCCUUAUCGCCUAAAAGACCAUGGCAAGCGAGAGAAAAUAACCGUAACUAUAUGUAUUACAACUUCAACGAAGGGGACAAGGAUGGAUUGUUCUUCAUUGGUCAAACCUUGAGAAUUCGAGUAGGACCUUUGAAGGGGUAUCUAUGUCAGGUCUUGGCCAUACGCUAUUCUGAUGUUACUGUGAAGCUUGGUUCUCAGCAGAAAGUUCUUACAGUUAAAAGUGAGCAUCUUUCUGAGGUUCGUGCAAAGAGCUCUGCCGUGUCUCUUGUUUCAUAAGUAUGAUUUGGAUAGCCUUUUGAAGUUGCUCUGAAGUGGUACUUUUAUAUCUAUGAUAGUGAUGAGCCUGGAUCCAGUUCUUUCAAACCGCUUGAUCUAAGCGGAACUGAAGGUGGUUCUGGAGGUUGGACAGGUUGUGCUGGGGCAUCGACAGGGGGUGAUGGCUGGAACACUGGUGGCCUCUCCACUGAAAGGACUUCUUGGCCUAGCUUGGGCCUCACAGAUCAACCCAAAACCAGUCCUUUAAAUCCAUCAAGUUCUGCAGAUAAUGAACUAAGCAAAGAUGGUGCUUGGGGAAGUCAAGCGACCGGAAAUCAGACUUCAUCUUGGGGUGCAGCUGCAGGUGAUUCUUGGAACAAAGCUGCUUCUAACAUUGGUUCUACCAGUGGUGCAUCUGUCGGAUGGGGUAAAGCAACUUUACCCAAUGAAGAUCUGGCAGGCUCUUCAAGAGGUACUGGAGACAACUGGGGUCAAGGAAACCUCAGAGCUGAAAAUUCUUUGAUCGAUUCUGCAGUAGCUUGGGAAGGAAAGACCGUUACUGGAAACCAAACCAGCAGUUGGGGUGAUGCAGCUACAGGGAAGAAUCAAAUGGAUUCUUGGGGAAAAUGUAAUGAUGCGAUUGGAGCAGGAUCCUGGGAGAAGAAAAGAAGGUCUGGAACUGGAGAAGACUGCUGGAGUAACAAGAGAGAUGGAAACCAGGAAUCUAGCUGGGGUAAUAAAAGCGGUUGGAACUCUGGAUCAAGUGAUGCAGGAAGAAAUUCCGACUCUGCUUGGGGCAAGAAGGCAUUUUGGAACUCUGAAUCCAGUAAUGCUGAUGGAAAUCAAGAUUCUGGUUGGGCCACCAAAAGCAACUGGAACUCUGGGUCGAAAGAUGCAAACCAAGGUUCUAGUUGGGCCAAGAAAAGUAAUUGGAAGUCUGGAUCUAGUGAUGUAAACCAAGAAUCUGGUUGGGGCAAGAAAAGCAGUUGGAGCUCUGGAUAUGGUGAUGGUAACCAGGAUUCAUCUGUAGCCUGUGAUGGUGAAGGCCAAACAGAGACUUAUGGUAAUAGGGCAGGUGUUGGGGGCUGGAGAGGUGGCGUUGGUGGCAGGGUUGAUCCAGACAGGGGGGGCUUUAGAGGUAGAGGCGAUAGAGGAGGCUUUGGAGGUAGAAAUGGUUCGGACAGAGGAGGUUAUGGAGGUAGAGGCAAAUCUGACGGGGGUGGAUUUGGAGGUAGAGGUGGUUCAGACCGAGGGGGCUCUAGAGGUAGAGGGGACAGAGGCGGCUUUGGUGGUAGAGGCAGAGGAAGGAGAGAUCAAAAUGGUGGUUGGAGUGACAACGAUUCUGCUGAAGAUAGUACCUUUGACUGGAAGAAUGGGGCAAACAAUAGCAGUGGAGGAUGGAAAAAUAAUGGUGGUGGAAGCAGUUGGAACCAAGGAGGUGACAAUAAGGGCCAGCAUAAUAGCUGGAAUUCUGGUGGUGGUGGAACAAGCAAUCGAGCUGGUGGUUGGAGCAGCCAAGAUUCAGACUGGAACCAGUCAAGAAUGGCCAAAGAUAGUUGUAGUAAUGACCUUGCUGGUGGUUGGAACAAGGGAACUGGUGCAAAUAUUGAUGCUGCCUGGGGUCAAGGAAACAGCUGGAAGUCAUCAAAUUCUUCUGGUGGGGACUGGAAUUCUAACAAAGAAAUUAAAGUUUCUGAUGAUCUAGGAAGUGGCUGGAACAAAGGAUCUGGUUCUUGUGUUCCAGGUGAUGGCUGGGGGAACAAAGGAGCUGGUUCAGGAGAUGCAGGGACAACUGGAGGUGAUGCGAAGCCCUGGAAUCAAUCUAGUGCUUCUGGCGGAGGCCAAUCAUCUGGCUGGAGUCAAUCAAUGGAGGUAAAGGAAGGAACUAAUGCUGGUGGAGAACCAACCGGUCCAUGGGGUAAAGCAUCGACAAAUUCUUGGAAACAAUCAAGCAAGGACAUAAAAGGUUCUGAUGAUCAAGGGAGUGGCUGGGGGAACAAAGGAGCAGGUUUGGAAAGUGCAGGGGCAACUGGAGGUGAUGCCAAGACCUGGAAUCUAUCCAGUGCUUCUGUUGGAGGUCAAUCAUCUAGUUGGAGUCAAUCAACAGAGGCAAAAGGAGCUAAUGCAAGUGGGGAACAAACUGAUCCAUGGGGUAAAGCAUCAGCAAGUUCUUGGGGAAACAAAGGGAAUGAUGGAAGUUCCAAAGGAGGGUGGUAAUUGCUUUGCAAACUAGCAACGUUACUUAUUUUUUGAAGUUUAACGGUUCUGUAUAUAGUAACUAAUUGUGUUAUUCACUACUAGGGAAGGAUCCAACAGCAGUAUCUCCUCUUGAAACUCUGCACCAGUGUCCAAUAAUUUAUGUAUGUUUCCUUGAGGCAUUUUGAAUUAUGGUGCUCCCCAAAAGAAGCUGCUCUUGGAGCAUUGAUCAUGGAGACGGUUUCUAGUUUAUGACAGUAUGUAAAUAGUUAUGUUAUCCUGUA